CAAAUCAAGAGGCAACCACGACACAAUGGCUUCAUCUUCACGCGCCCUACGAGGCCUCUCAGUCCGCGCCUUCUCAACAUCGGCCCCAAUCGCCGAAGAAGUCGCCGCCACAACAGCCGCCGCUGCAUCGACACAAGCUCCGCCGCCAUCGUCCCUCGAUCGCGAUAAUGUCUUUACUCCCAGAGCAGAGCGCAAGCUUCUCCGUACCCGUGGUCUCACUCCUGUCGGAUCCCGCAGACGUCGUGCUGCCAUCCUCUCUGGCUCGCGCAUUCCUUUCGAACAACUGCCCUUCCAAUGUUUCCAAGAAGCCCGCAAGGUCUUGAUUCAACACCGCCAGGAAAAGGUGGAAGAUAUCGACGCUGAACGUCAGAAGAUUGCAAGACUAAAGGCUGCAUCUGUGGAACCUCAAAAUGAGCAACGGCACCAACACCGCAUCAACAGCAUGGAGCGCUACCUGGAACAACUCAAGAUCCACGCAGACAUCAACGACCCCAUGGUCAAGAGGAGAUUCGAGGACGGCAAGGGCGACAUGGACAAGCCCAUCUACCGCUACCUCGCCGACAAGAAGUGGCGCCAAUACGACCGUAUGAUCAUCAUGCAGCGCAUCACCCAGAUGAAUGUUGUACCAGAUGUCUUGCCCGCCAUCGACCCUACCCUCAAUGUCGACAUCUCAUUCGGUCCCCGCGACGUCCAACCUGGUGAAUUUGUCGACAGCAGAGUCUCCGAAGUGCCUGCCCACCUCAACAUUCAACCCUACAACAAGGGCGAACGCUAUGUCAGCAUCGCAAUUGUCAACCCCGAUGUUCCCAACGUAGAGGCUGACGGCUUCGACUACCGCUGCCACUUCCUCGCCUCCAACGUCAAGAUCUCCCCCACUCAGACUUCCGUCUCCCUCGCCAAGCUGAACGACGACCAAGUCAUUCUUCCCUGGUUGCCCGCCUACACUCAAAAGGGUCUGGCAUACAGCCGCAUGUCCGUUUUCGUCCUUGAGCAAAAGGAUGGUCAAAUCUUGGACGCAAAGGCCCUAUCACAGAGAUACGAGCAUGACGACUUCAUCCUGAGGAGUUUCGUCGACAGACACGUCUUGAAGCCUGUCGGUGUAAACUUGUUCAGAAGCAGACACGAUGAGGGUACUGCUGGUGUCAUGCAAAGAGCUGGUAUUCCCGGUGGUGAUGUCGAGUUCAAGAGAAAGAAGAUUGAACCUCUGCCUUACAAGAAGUUGCCUGGCUCAAGAUACAGGUAGUUUUGUCCAGGACUUGUACUUUUAUAUCCCUUGUUCUUACCAUCUUAUGUAUCAUACCAAAAUCAUGUACCUACUUUCAGUAUCUGUCUUCCAAGGUGUGCAUUGUUCUUGUUUUGGCGUUGAGGGAUGGGAUCUUUCAGAAAUCGAUUCCAAUGUGACUGGAUUGUUUUACUUCUCAAUGCGAUAACAACUCAACGGUGAUCACCGCUCGAAUACGUGGUUUUGUAGAUUCAAAAUGAACGGCUCACAGU